AUGAAGAGAAGCGAAAUAAAAUAUAACCAGAAUGGGAGAAAAAAAGUGACUCGAAAUAUAAUAAUUGCCGCCGAUGAGAUCUGUUCUCUU